AUGGAUACUUUGGCUGUGCUUUUGAGCGAUUUUAACGCUACCAAAUACGAUCCCAUUGCCGCAGAAUCCUUCCUGACAGAACAAUUGAAAGCUAGAGACUCGUACGAUGCGUAUUUUUCUUCCAUGCCGCUGCCGGGCAGUGUCGUGGAAGAUAUAGCCGAAAUUGAGGCCCAAAUUUCAGCACAGGAGCGUAAACUGCGAGAUUUACUUAUUCAAAACAAACAGGCGCUCUGUGACAGUUUGUGCAAUGAAGAGAUUGAACCUCAAUUAGCAACCAUGCUUGCCCAAAUUGACGAAUUGUGGGAGGUGGAGAAAACUGCGGCAACAGACCGGCCCCUGGAGUUACAAGGACAACAUGGAGACUUCUGGGCCUCACUGAACGAGCCAACCGAGGAAGAUCUACAACAGGAAGAGGGACUAGACGAGCUGAAUACCGCAUUGCAGAAAGUCGCAUUGCGUGCUGUGAACGAUACGAAUGGUGACUUCAACAAUGCGCAGGAUAACUUAGCGCUUGUUUUGACACAUUGGAACUCCGUUAGCGAGCUUUUAGAGUUGCCAACACUGACUAGCACAUGUAUCAAAACCGGCCACUAUCAAGAAGCAUUGAUGUGUCAUAAGCAUGCUAGGAGUCUGGUAGACAAAUUUCCGCAUAUUGCGAUAGUACGACACAUCGCGGACUCAAUCUCGCAGGAAAUGACUACUACUAUGCUGCAAGGCCUUGUUAAAAUGCUACAACAAAAUCUCAGCGCGAAUCCGAUCAAAAAAAUUCUUUCCUAUCUUUCGUCCAUUUCUCCUUUCUCUGAGAAUCCACAAGCACUAUUUCAAGUCUUCCUUACCAUGCGCCACAAAUUUGUGUGCUCGGAAAUGAACUCGUUUGAAAUCACUGAGCUGACCAAUGAUACCAUGCGUGAGCUUCUCAUGAAGCGUAGAAUUGAAACGUUUCGGGAGCAUGUAUACAAUGCCUUAUCGAUUCUGCAAUCGCAGUCUGAUCUUUUCAACUUUAAACAAGACCAAUAUCAUGGAUUCAAAAUUUCGAUGCCGCUGUUGAACGAACCCAAGAAGCCAGUCGCAACUAAUCCCUUUAUGCUCUUGUUUGUGGAAAAAUGCUGCGAUGCACUGAUAUCCUCACUUGCGCCCAUGAAGGAUUCGAUUUCCGUAUCCGUUUGUCUGCAGCUGGUGUACUGCUCGUUCCGUUUGGCCGAUUGCAACCCCAAUUACCAUCAUUUGUUUAUCAGAAAGAUGCAAGAAUCACAUUUAAUCUCGGCACCCGAUCUAGCAACCGCGAUGGACAAACGCAGGGAAUUAGCCAACAAAUACUACUAA